CGUAUUUAUUACCUCUUCUGCACUCUUCAGGAUUCACUUUUCCAGCUCCCCGACAUUUAAUUCCAGUCAAACACUUUCCUCUAUUCUUUACAAUGCCCGCCCAAGCGCAACAAGGCUCUGGCCUUACCCUAACUGCCCUUGGCUGUGGUACCAUGGGCAUUGCAGUUCUCUCCGGAGUCAUGGCUAAGUUAGCUGAGCUUGAAUCUCAGGCUUCCGCAUCCUCGGAAGACGUUCCGAAGCGCCUCCCGACCCGCUUCAUUGCCUGCGUCCGGUCUGAGAAGUCAGCGAAGCGCAUUGAGAACGAUCUGUCCAAGCACUCUGCUUCUCUGGAUAUUAUGCGCAACGACAACGUCAAGGCGGUGGAGCAAGCGGAUAUUGUCCUGCUAGGAUGCAAGCCCUACAUGGUCCGCGACAUUCUGGGCGUCGAAGGCAUGCGGGAGGCUCUCAAGGGUAAACUGCUCUUGAGCAUGCUCGCCGGAGUGACCGUUCAACAGAUCGAGGAGACAUUAUACGGCUCUGCAUCAACAGGCGACCCAAUUGCUGAGGGUCGUUGCCGUGCUGUUCGCGUCAUGCCCAAUUAUGCUGCCUUUAUUCAAGAAUCCAUGACAGUCAUUGAAACCUCUACCCCGCCCUUGUCUGACGAGUCCGCAGCAUUGGUAGCCUGGAUUUUCAAUAGCGUUGGAAAGGUGGUCUUCCUGCCGCCCUCGGGCCUGGAUGCUAGUACCGCGCUGGCAGGCUCGGGACCGGCAUUCAUGACCGUUAUUCUCGAGGCCAUGGCCGAUGGCGGUGUCGCCAUGGGUCUGCCCCGCGCUGAAGCGCAGUUGAUGGCUGCUCAGGUCAUGCGCGGCGCUUCUGGUUUGGUUCUUAAUGGCGAACACCCCGCCGUUGCCAAGGACAAGAUCUGCUCACCCGGCGGUUGCACCAUUGGCGGUCUUACCGUUCUCGAGGAACGUGGCGUCCGUGGCUCCGUCUCCAGAGCCGUGCGAGAGGCUACAGUCGUGGCGAGCCAGCUGGGUCAAGGAGUCCGCAAUGUCAAUGGAACCAGACAUUGAGUGGAUUCAUCCAUUUAGUGCAUUUUCCCGGUAUCUCUCAUUCAACAUCUCCCUUGAUCAUUUAAAAAAGUUCUUCAGCGAUGUUUCAGUUCUAUUCUCAUGAAUAAUGUUAGAAAGCUGAAAUUCCAAACGCAAUCUAGAUGUACAAUAACAUUACAGAUACACACCAUGGGAGUGAUCAUGGUGUUGAAAAGAAAAGAAGAAAAUUUGAGAAACCC